AUGGUCAUGGCCUACCCCACAGACUCGCCCCUGGCCGUGUCGGCCACCGGCUGGGUGAAGGUCAUGGCUAACCGGGCAGGGGCUCCUGUGUGGCGCUCAUCCAGCCCUGAUUGCCAAGGGACACCAGAAGGACGCAAGGGAGCCCGCGUCACCCAUCUGACAUCCAUCAAGCUCCUGGAGAGGGAGCUGAGCCGCCACCACGCCUUUGGGCAGCCCCUGGCAGCCCUCUGUGGGGAGGACAACACGCUGCCCCGGCCCAUCCAGGAGCUGCUGGCUGUCCUGCGCCAGCAAGGACCAGCAACGGAGGGGAUAUUCCGCAGAGCUGCCGGUGGGACAGAACUUCGGCAGCUGCGCGAGGCCCUGGACCGCGGCAAGGACAUCGACGUAGGAAGCCAGCCUGCGCUGCUGCUGGCCGUCAUCUUGAAGGACUUCCUGCGAAGCAUCCCCACCAAGCUCCUCGUCAUCGACCUCUACGAGGACUGGAUGGCAGCCAUGGAGAGGGCCAGCAAGCAGGCCAAGGUGGAGGAGCUGAAAGCGGUGGCUGACAAGUUGCCUGCGGCCAACCUCCUCCUCCUGAAGCGGCUGAUGGCCCUGCUGCAGCACAUCGGCCACAACGCAGCCACCAGCAGAAUGAGCUGCAGCAACCUGGCCAUCUGCGUCGGGCCCAACCUG